CCGGGCCCGCCCGGGCGCUGUCGCCGCUGUCGCGAUGGAGCCGCAGCCUGACAGCCUCGACGGGUGGGUGGCCGUGCGCGACACCGCCUUCGCCGAGCCCCAGCCGCCGCCGCGCCUCCGCUUCCUCGUGGGCUGGAACGGCGCGGAGGGCGCGUUCGCCGUGACCUGCCACGGCCGGGCGGAGGCGGCGGCGCAGGCCCCGCAGAGCUGGGCCGGGCUGUUCUCGGCGCCGGCCCUGCGCGGCGUCCACCGGCAGCUGUCGGCCCUGUGCCCGCGCCUCGAGCCCGCCUUCCCCGCGCUGCCCUCCGCGCUGCCCGGCGCGGCCGCGGGCGGGCUCUGGGCCGUGCUGUUCCCCGGCGGCGCCGCGCCGGGCGAGGCCGAGCUGCAGGAGCUGUGCCGGGCGCUGGAGCUGUACCUGGGCUGGGCCCUGGAGCUCUGCGGCGGCCGCGUGGUGCUGGACGCGCUGUUCGCCGCCGACCGCCGCUGCGACGAUGAGUACUUCGAGAGCCUCCAGGAGCUGCGCGGGAGGGCUCUGCGCGGUCACCUGGCCCGGGCCAAGGAGGCCCUGCGGCGGGUUCUGCAGCAGCAUAAAAGUGCUGACACAAUGGUGGCUUUGAUGAAGGUUUAUGAAAAAGAAGAUGAAGCUUAUCAGGAUUUGGUCACCAUGGCAACACAAUUCUACCAGUAUUUACUGCAGCCCUUCAGAGAUAUGCGAGAGCUGGCGACACUGUACAAACUGGAAAUCCUGAAGUCUUUGCAGUAUGAUAAGUUGGGGCCUAGAAGAGUGGCAGCUUUGCAGAAAGAUGCUGAAGAAUGGACUAAGCGAGCUGAGAGUGCUGUGUGCUCCAUUCAGGAUAUCACUGUGAACUACUUCAAAGAAACUGUAAAGGCUCUGGCAGCAAUGCACAAACAGAUGGAACAAGAUGAGGAAAGAUUUGGCAAAACCGCCUGGGCAUCAGCUUUGCCACGACUAGAAAACCUGAAAUGUAUGUUAGCAAAAGAAACCCUUCAGCAUCUGAGGGCAAGAGAGUUGUGCCUGAAACAGAAGAGAACUGGCAUUCAGAAACUCAUGGAGAGUCUUGGUGAACAAGAAGAGAACUUAAGUGUAGUGGAGGAGCUGGAAAUACAGUAUUAUGAAACGCAGCUGGAGUUAUAUAAUGUACAGCUUGAAGUAUUGAAACAUGAAGAGAUGCUGCUUAUUGUACAGUUGGACACUAUAAAGAGGCAGAUAAAAGAGAAACAGGAUGAAGUUGUUUACUAUGAUACAUGUGAAAAUCCUGAGGAGCUCAAGGUCAUUGAACAGACAAUGGGACAACAUUACGCUAACUUGUCAGAAAUGACGAUGCUGAGGCAGAAGACUAAGCAGUUGGAGACAAAGCGUGGGACUGUCUGUGCGAGGAGAGCCUACCUCAGGAACAAAAAAGAUCAGUGUGAAGCAAGCCACCGGCAGAGACUGCAACAGGCAGAAGAGAGCAAAAAACGCUUCCAGCAGCAUCACAGCAUACAGAUAAAGAGAGACAAGCAAAAAGAGGAGGAGAAAAAGAAAAAGGCUUGGAUAAGCCAGGAACGUCAGAAAACACUGGAGAGGCUGAAAGCAUUCAGGGAGAAGUGUCCAGCUCAUGUUGUUCUGAAAACAUCUCGUCCCCAGCCUCUCAGUCCCAAGUUGCCACGAAACAUCACCCAGCAGGCUGUAGUCCUGUCCCCUCCACCUUCAUCCCCAGCAGUACUGUCCCCUGCACCCUCACCACGAGCAAGGGCAGCUCCAGAGCAGCCACAGAGCAUACUGCUGAUUGAAGCCAAAGAAUCAAAAGCUUUGUGUCAGAACACCCCAGCAGAUAUCCCUGUCCAGAUUUUUGUUAGUGAUGGUGACACAGAGCUUACUGGUGGUGACACAGAGCAACAAAAGCACAGCAAGGAACUGUUGGUCUCUCCAUCCUCACCACCACCACCUCCUCCUCCACCCCCUCCUCCCUUGCCCCCUCCUCUCUUGCCCCCUCCUCCCCCACCUCCCCCCUUACCUCUCCAGUUAAAGACAUCACCAGCAACAGAGGAUACACCACUUCCCCUCAGCUCCAAUAGCCCCUCAGAAAGCCCUGCACUGCACAAACAGGAUGACUCACCCAGGACGUCUAUAAAUAAUUGCAUAGGUUCCAUGGAUGAAGUUUUGGCUUCUCUAAAACGCAGUGAAGUUCAUCUUCGCAAAGUGGAACAGCCAAACCCCUAUGCUUCUGUGAAAGACAACAUCCUCUCUGCCAUAAGGCAAGGAGUUAAACUAAGGAAAGUGAAUCGAGAUACUGAAAAAGAUGUCAGUAAAGGAUCCCCUAAUGACCUAGAGAGAAGCAUUAAAGCAGCCAUGCAGAGAAUUAAGAAAGUGUCUGCUGAUUCUGAAGAAGAGGAGGACAACGAUCGGAAUAAUGGAGAAUGGGACAGCUAACCAGUUCAGCAUAACAGACUUACUGACUGGAACUGUCUGCCUAAUUUUGCACGUUGUGGAAGACUGUCCCUUUCAAAAUGAAAGAAGUGUGAUUGUGUGUGUGUGUGAUAGUCCAAAAUGUCUUGUAAAGUAAAAUAAUCCUGUUGAUUUUCUAUAUAGGAGCUACAAAUUCUUAUUUUUGCAUAAGAAAUCAUACUCCAAAUUAUGCUUGCAUUAAUAGGUAUUUUUGGCUCAACCAUGUCAUGCUUUCACCACAUCUGAAGACAGUUAAAAUGCUGGAUUGAAACAUACACUCUUUAGAUCAUUACUACAUAGUAGGUAAUGCUAUCACAACAAAGUUUAAGGAGUGAAAAAAUAACUGAAAAUCUUUUUUGUCAGAUAAAAGUAGAACCAAAUCUGUGGUGACAGAGGCAGACCAGAAAACUUAGCAUAAUCUGGAAUCUUUCACUCCUACCUCCAUUGUCCAGAAAAUUCUUUAACAUUUUGCUUUUCUAGUGCUGCUCACUCUCAAAUAACUACAUGGAUGCUCCAUUUAUCAUUAUGUUAGAAAGUGUGCACUUAUGAAUGCGCUUGAUAAUGCUGAUUGGGAAAAUUAGUAUCAUGCUUGAAAUAAGCACUACUGCAGUAAUAACUGAAGAGUUUACUUUUUAGGAAAAGAUUAUAAGUAUAGAGAACUUUUAGAUGCUAAAUGUUUUUCAUACUUCUACAUUUACAAUGAAAGAAAGAGCCAAAAUAUUGUAGAUAGUAUUUUCCAGGAUCUAGUCCUAUAAUGCAGAGCUGCAUUUUCCUGCUGAGAACAUCAAUACAUGUUUAUAGCUACUCUCAUGAAUUUAAAUUACCUGAUGGCCUUAUAAAUGGCAGGUAUUUGUGUUGUGCCUGGAAGCUGACUACUUAAAAAUUCAGCUACAUUCAAUGUAGAGACUGUUGCUAUUUUGGGUAGAUAGUGACAAAAAUGAUUCAAGGGUUUUUUUGAAGUUUAUACUGACCCUUAAUAAAAAUGUAUCUUGACAGAGGAAGUGGAUUCAAUGUGCUGUCAUUUUAGGAUACCGCUAUGAAGUAACCGUUACUAAUAUCAUGGUACUCUAGUUUUUGAUAGCAACUGCACUCUCACUAAUGUUAUAUGUAAAUCCUCUUAUUUUCUCAAAUAUUUAUGAAUUGUAAUUUGGUAACACAAUUGCAAAUACAGUGCUUUAAUUUCCCUGUUUAA